AACCUAUUUGUUUACGUUUACUAAUUAUUUACUAUUCCCCUGGCCAAAAAAUGGAUGUCAUAAAAGAAAUAAAUGACAAAUAUAUGGCCCUCGAGGCGGAGAUUGAUCAGAAAUUGGAGAAAGUCCAAAUUGAGGAACUGAAACUGGAACGUCAAAAUGAAAAGCUGGCCGAGAGUUCGAACCUACAUCCACCUGCACCCAAGGUUUUGUCCUAUGAAGAAGCUCUCCUGAGAAAUUCCAACACCUUGAAGGCUCUGGAGAUAGCCAAGGCCCGCCUGAGAUCCCGUUCUACAUAUUCUCCCGUGGAAAAACUGCUUCAGCAGGCUCUGGACAACUACAGAAAGGAACUGGAGAGCCUGCAGGAGGUCAAAGGGAAGUCGCAGGAAGUUCAAGAGGAUCACGAGGAGGACAACCUGUACGAUCUGGUCAUGCAGAAUGUGAUUGAGGCCAAGAAGCAGCAGCAGCAGCAGCAGGCCAAGAGUGCAGAGCUCUAGGUUAUAUUUCCUUGGCAACCCAUUAAUGAUAAUAUAUAGUCUAUAUGGAAUGGUAUUUGCUGUACGCUCUGUGUCUGGUGUCUCAGGUGUCCAGCUGAAUAAACACACUCCAUAUGCACACGCA